AUGACUGCCACACAAGUCCCUCAGACCGACCCGCGUCGCGCUACUCGUCUCUUGAAAGUCUUCAGAGAUGUCACCAAAGGAGGACGCACCCUCACGACGGCCGCUGAUGCCCGUCUCUUCCUCGAAGCGAUUCGGACGAACGAGUCCCCGGCCGCAUGCUUGGAGAUCAUCACAGCCAGCAAUGCCGCUCAGAACGUUCUUCGUCACAGCCUUCGAAUCGACUCCUCGGUCUCUUUCAUCCGCUCGCAUGUGCUCUCUUUCGUCGCUUAUCUGAGCGAACCCGCCGUCAAGAUGGCCUACAAUGGCCAGCUGCUCCAUCAGGUUCUCCAGCUCAUCAUUCAACCUCCCGUCCUCUGGGGCAAUCUUUUCAAGGCCUACGAGCAAGCUCACUUCAAUGAGGAUGAUCUUCGUGUCUUUGCAUGGCUGUGCUUCGAGCUUGCAAGCAUUCAGGGCAAAGACCAUGAUAGUAUCAUUGGCGACAUAUCGUCUGCGCUGGACCAGAACCCAUUCAAAGAAACUCAGGAUCAUAGGACCUGCGACCUGACUUAUAGGAUCAAGAAGGUUCUUGCCCUGAGAUCUUCUGCCAGCCCCGGAGAAAACCUUGAAACUGCUGGUGGCCGCCACGAUAACGACUUUGCCAACUUCCGAGAGAUCUCAAUCUUCCCCACUAGCGACGAAUUCUAUUCCAGCGAAGUCCCAUUCUACAGACGGGCAUCCGAACUUGCCGCCAUCGGGGCUGCUGACCGACCGCGACUCCAUCUCGACAACCAGUUCCGUCUCUUGAGAGAGGACUUGCUUGGCGAACUCCGCGAUGACCUGAAGGUGGCCAUCGGAAGGAAGAGAGGAAAGAAGAGUCCUCAGAUCCUCAGCGGACUUGUCCCGUUCGGUAUCGAUACUGGCGAUGAAAAACGAGGACGCUCGACUGCCUUGCUUCUUCAUUGUCAUUCCGGAUUGGAAAUAUUGCGUCCUCUUUCUCUCGCCAAGCGCAAGAAGUUCCUGGAAGACAACAAAGGGUUCCUUCGUCACCAAUCUUUCGGCGCUCUUUGCGGCGACAACAACAUCGUCGCCUUUGCAUUCCUGGUCAGGGAUGUUGACCAGCUAGUGAAAGGACCGCCUGCAAUUGCUUUGCAGUUUACUAGCAGCGAGGCCCUCGCUAGAGCCCUGAACGCUCUUCAAUCACCCAAGGACCUCCGGUUCGUGCUGGUGGACACCCCCGUCUUUGCCUAUCAACCAGUUCUCGAAUGCUUGCAAGAUAUUACUGAGAUGCCCAUGGAGGGAGGCCUUCUCCACCUACCAGACGAUGAUGAGGAUAGCCGGCCUAAGCCUCUCGAGCUCUCGCCGAGAGCACAGGCUCAUGUGAAAAUAUUGGAGAAGAUGAUAGAGCGAGGCUCAUCAGUGAAGGGUCUCGCCAUAGGCGGCAAAAACUUCCGGCUCGAUGAUUCCCAGACCAAGUCUGUGCUGCAUGCGCUUCAGAGCCCAAUCGCCCUCAUUCAAGGCCCGCCUGGUACUGGGAAAUCCUUUGUUGGCGCAUUGGCGGCAAGGAUUCUUCGGGACAACAGCAAGCGUAUCCUGGUUCUCAGCUACACCAACCACGCUCUCGACCAAUUCCUCGAAGACUUGAUGAACAUCGGUAUCCCGUCUGGUGACAUAGUGCGCCUCGGCUCCAAGUACAAUGAAAAGACGGAGAAGCUGCUACUUGACAAGCAGCUAAGGAGCAGCUCUUUCAAGAAGACUCGGGAGGCAUGGAUGAUGAUCGACGCGGCGAAGUCCGAUUUGGCCGACAUACGUGAGGAACUCCAGAAUGCUUUCAAUGCCCUUGCCAAGGGCAAGGUCAGCUUUGUCGACCUGUUGGAUGCCCUCGAAUUUUCGGACGACGACCAAAACUUUUACGAUGCGUUCGCUCUCCCAGAGCAAGAGGAUGGCUUUCAACUUGCAGGAGGCUCAAGAAGGGUCAUGUCGGCCGACUAUCUGAUAGAACGAUGGGCACAAGGCAAAGAUGCUGGCGAGCUGAGGAAGACAAUUUCAAAGGGCAGCAAAUAA